AUGACGGAACAGCACAUCACUGCAAGCAGUUAUGCCCUGUUUGCGGGCAAUGGCAAGAGAAGUCAAUACACCGUCUCCUCAUUUGCUUUUGCAACUUCUUCUGGCACUCAAUGGGCCGCACAUAGCUGGUGUGGCUACCAGGGUGCACCAUCUGUUCUGACGACGAUAUAUGCUGCACGUGGAGUACUACAGCAAACAGGGUCUAUGGAAACGGCGAGAAUAUCACCUUCUGAUCAAUCCACCGCUAGUCCUAAGGAAGGUGCCUUCUCGAAUUUGCCUUCGCAAGUUAUCAGGAUCAACCAGUCCGGUCAACACCUCACUGUCUGGAUUUUCCUUGGAGGAAUACAGUUCGCUUGGUUGUCUGAUAGACUACCUACCAAGAAGAGUCGUAAUUUGGGCGAGUGUCCUAUACUAUAG